AUGAAGUUCAAUAGCUCACUGUUCGGGGUGUGCGAGGGCGACGGGCAGCUGACUGUUAGGGACGCGGGCUUGGACCACGAGUAGCUGCACGGCCAGGCACCACAGUGUGUGCUGGUCUUCGACGUGGUCAGCUUCUCGCAGGAGCAGUUCCGGCUGGUGCACGUGGAGGUGGAGGUGAGGGACAUCAACGACCAUGUGCAAUGCUUCCCCCGGGCCUAGAUCCCCGUGGAUGUGUCUGAGGGCGCAGCCGUGGGCACGCGCAUCCCCUUGGAGGUGCCUGUGGACGAGGACGUGGGGGCCAGCGGGCUGCAGAGCGUGCGCCUGGCCGAGCCUCACAGCCCCUUCCGCGUGGAACUGCAGACGCGCGCGGACGGCACCCAGUGCGCGGACCUAGUGCUGCUACAGGAGCUGGACCGCGAGAGCCAGGCCGCCUACAGCCUGGAGUUGGUGGCCCAGGACGGCGGCCGCCCGCCGCGCUCCGCCACGGCCGCCCUCAGCGUGCGAGUGCUGGACGCCAACGACCACAGCCCGGCCUUCCCGCAGGGCGCCGUGGCCGAAGUGGAGCUGGCGGAGGACGCUCCCGUGGGCUCGCUGCUGCUCGACCUGGACGCGGCCGACCCCGACGAGGGCCCCAACGGCGACGUGGUGUUCGCCUUCGGGGCCCGCACCCCGCCCGAGGCGCGCCGCCUCUUCCGCCUGGACCCGCGCUCGGGCCGCCUCACCCUGGCAGGACCGGUGGACUACGAGCGCCAGGACACCUAUGAGCUGGACGUGCGGGCCCAGGACCGCGGUCCAGGGCCCCGGGCUUCCACCUGCAAGGUCAUCGUGCGCAUCCGCGACGUCAAUGACAACGCUCCGGACAUCACCAUCACCCCGCUGGCCGCCCCGGGCGCACCUGCCGCCUCUCCCUUCGCCGCCGCAGCCGCCGCCGCCGCUCUCGGGGGUGCGGACGCGACCUCGCCGACCGGGCCCGGGACACCUGAGGCCGGCGCCGUGUCUCUGGUGCCAGAGGGGGCGGCGCGCGAGAGGCUGGUGGCGCUGGUCAGCACCUCGGACAGAGACUCGGGCGCCAACGGGCAGGUGCGCUGCGCCCUCUACGCGCAGGAGCACUUCCGGCUGCAGCCGGCCUACGCGGGCAGCUACCUGGUGGUGACCGCGGCGUCGCUGGACCGCGAGCGCAUCGCCGAGUACAACCUGACGCUGGUGGCCGAUGACCGCGGCGCGCCCCCGCUACGCACCGUGAGGCCCUACACGGUGCGCGUGAGUGACGAGAACGACAACGCGCCAGUCUUCACACGGCCGGUCUACGAGGUGUCGGUGCGUGAGAACAACCCGCCCGGCGCCUACUUGGCCACGGUGGCCGCCCGGGACCCCGACCCGGGCCGCAACGGCCAGGUCACCUGCCGGCUGCUGGAGGCUGAAGUGGGUCGCGCCUACGUCUCGGUGGACCCCACCACUGGGGAGCUGAGCGCACGGCGGUGCUUUGACGGCGGUGAACUGGCCGAGCUGCCGCUGGGGCCGGAAGCACUCGACGGCGGCUCUCCGUCGCCCGGGCGCCGGGACGUGGUGUGGCAGCAUGUAGAGGACCAGAACGACCACGCACCUCGGCUGGUCAUACUGCCACUCUUCAGUGGCUCAGCCCAGCUGCCUCUGCCCCACGGCGCGCCCCUGGGCUGCAUGGUGAUCCGACUGCGGACGAAGGCCCCAACGCCGAGCUAAUUUACACACUUCUCCGCAGCGACUUCGCCGACGGGAUUCAGGCUAGGUCCCCUCCAUUCCCCAUCCCUGUGUGGAGAGGAUAAAUCUGCGAGUUCAAGGACACAUUCAAAUCCAGAUGAAUUUAGUGUGAAGAUAACAGAAGAGGAGACAGUGAAUUGAAUGAUACCAGUUCUGACAUCAGUAGAGUGGGGGCUUCAAGAAAGCAUCUUUUCCAGUGAUUACAAAGCGAGAGGUUGCUUCAGAUCAUUCAGAAUGAAAAACACUUAAGAAUCCUGAAAGAUUAAUCGAGGAAUCUCAAACAGCAAGACUCUUUCAUCGCUUCAUGAAAA